UCCUGGGCUGCGUCCCCGCGGUCGGUCCCCGGCCAGGCUCCUGCCCGCGCGUCCGCCGCCGCGAUGGCGACGCGCUCCUGCCGGGAGAAGGCGCAGAAGCUGAACGAGCAGCACCAGCUGAUCCUGUCCCGGCUGCUGCGGGAGGAGGACAACAAGUACUGCGCCGACUGCGAGGCCAAAGGUCCCCGAUGGGCUUCCUGGAAUAUUGGUGUGUUUAUUUGCAUCAGAUGUGCUGGAAUCCAUAGAAAUCUUGGAGUUCAUAUAUCCAGGGUCAAGUCAGUCAACCUAGACCAAUGGACACCGGAACAGAUACAGUGUAUGCAAGAUAUGGGAAAUACAAAAGCAAGACUACUGUAUGAAGCCAAUCUUCCAGAGAACUUUCGAAGACCACAGACAGAUCAAGCAGUGGAGUUUUUCAUCAGAGACAAAUACGAAAAGAAGAAAUACUACGAUAAAAAUGCUAUAGCUAUUGCAAACAUUUCCUCCUCUGAUGCUCCUCUUCAGCCUUUGGUAUCCUCUCCUUCUCUACAAGCUGCUGCUGAGAAAAACAAAUUAGAGAAAGAAAAGGAAAAAAAAAAAGAAGAGAAAAAGAGAGAAAAGGAGCCAGAAAAGCCUGCAAAACCUCUUACAACUGACAAGCUGCAGAAGAAAGAAGAUCAGCAGGUGGAGCCUAAAAAAAGUACCAGCCCCAAGAAGGCUGCAGAGCCCACGGUUGAUCUUUUGGGACUCGAUGGCCCUGCUGAGGCACCAGUUACCAACGGGAAUAUGACCACGGUGCCAGCCCUGAAUGAUGAUCUGGACAUCUUUGGACCAAUGAUUUCUAAUCCCUUACCUGCAUCUGUCAUGCCCCCAGCUCAGGGGACAUCCUCCGUACCAGCCACUGCCACUCUGUCUACAGUAACAUCUGGGGAUCUGGAUCUGUUCACUGAGCAAACUACAAAGUCAGAAGAGGUGGCGAAGAAACAGCUCUCCAAAGACUCCAUCUUAUCUCUGUAUGGUACAGGCACCAUUCAGCAGCAGAGUACUCCUGGUGUCUAUUUGGGACCCACGAAUAUACCAUUUACCUCACAAGCACCGACUGCAUUUCAGGGUUUUCCGUCGAUGGGCGUACCUGUGCCUGGAGCGCCUGGCCUUAUAGGAAAUGUGAUGGGACAGAAUGCAAGCAUGAUGGUGGGCAUGCCCAUGCCCAAUGGGUUUAUGGGAAAUGCACAAACUGGUGUGAUGCCACUUCCUCAAAACAUUGUUGGCGCCCAAGGAGGAAUGGUGGGACAGAUGGGCGCACCCCAGAGUAAGUUUGGCCUGCCACAAGCUCAACAGCCUCAGUGGAACCUCUCGCAGAUGAAUCAGCAGAUGGCUGGCAUGGCUCUCAGCAGUGCGAGCCCUCCCGUGGGUCUCGGCCAGCCCCCCAACACAACAGCAGGAUGGUCUGGAAGCUCAUCGGGUCAGACUCUCAGCACACAGCUGUGGAAGUGAAAGCCACAGUGCAAGUUUCCCCCAGAACCGCCACCUGACAUUCCUUGCUGAAAUGCAUCUAGUCCCUGUUUAUUCAUGUACAUAUAUUUUUUUCUUUUCCCCCAUUUGUUCAUAUUAAGAAUUACCUGAUUGACCGUGUGGUCUGUACUGAUUAAAUUUGAUGUGGUGAAAAGCAGGUUGAGAAACCAUUUUAUGUCCAGGGCAGCUUUGCUCGUAUUUCCCAUGAUUUCAUAAACCACAUUGUUUGAUAAGCUGCUCAGUCAACUUGCAUAAUCAAUCAA